CCAGCCCAGCUCAUUCUUGUAGGUGGUGCAGGGCAGAUUCCGUGUAGUCAGAGCCUAGUUCCUGUUGGAGCUGCUGGCUUUUCAACAGGUGAGGGACACGGAAACAAACAGCCGCUGCAGCUGUUGCCACCUUUGACCCUGGGCCUCCCAGACUCCUCCACCCUUUAAAUUUGUUAAGAGAAUUUUUAGUUCCCACAUGAGCUCGGUAGAUUUCCUGGGAAACAGAACUCAGAAAGGGAUCCUGGUUAGAGCCACAGGGCUAGCCUGCUGUGACCGUCAGGCACUUGUCACCUACGCCCCAUGCCAUGUCAGCUUUUUUUCAGUUUGAAAACGGACUCAGAGGGCAUAGGUAACACGAAGCUUCCAGAAGAUGAAAUUGGCGAUCUGCUGUGCCCCCUCCCCCAUCUCAGGGAGAGUUUAACAGACUUGACUUCAUUCACGCGGUACCUUGAUUUGCUCACGCCUACCCUGACUCUCUGCCCGAGGCCCUUUUUCACUAUCUUUUCUGAGUAAAAUUUGCUGGGAUUGGCAAGGAUUCUCCACUUCUACCAAAUGCCUCAGGGCGGUUUAGCUCUUUGAAAGCCCAAUGUUCUAAAACCCCCGAGUCUGCGAUCUCAGGCAGUGAGUGGGUUCAGCCUUUAGUUGAUUUAGUCUCAGUUUCCUCGUUUGCAAACGAUGGCGAGGGUUAGCCGGUACACUCUGUGUAAGUGGGCAGAAAGAAUGCAGCCUCAGACUGAAUAAUCCAGGCACACCUGGGAGCGCCGAGCUGCUUAUUUCCUCUUCCUCUGCUGCCCUGGGUGCAGAGAGGUGAAAUAUGAUUAUGAUAACCUGCCCAAGACAUCUGUUGUCAUAGCAUUUUAUAAUGAAGCCUGGUCCACACUCCUUCGGACAGUUUACAGUGUUCUCGAGACUUCCCCUGACAUCCUGCUGGAGGAGGUCAUUCUGGUAGAUGACUACAGUGACAGAGAGGACCUGGGUUCGGUUCCCAGCACCUAUCUGAUGGCUCACAAUGGUCUGUCACUACAGUUCCAGGGGAUCUGACCCCCUAUUUUGGCCUCUGCAGGCAACAAACAUGCACAUGAAGCAUGAAUAUACAGAGCACCUGAAGGAGCCCCUGGCCAACGAGCUGUCACAGCUGCCCAAGGUGCGCCUGAUCCGUGCUAGCAAGAGAGAGGGCCUGGUGCGAGCCCGGCUCCUGGGAGCCUCCGCGGCCAGGGGCGAAGUGCUGACAUUUCUGGACUGUCACUGUGAAUGUCAUGAGGGGUGGCUGGAGCCUCUGCUGCAGAGGAUCCAUGAGAAGGAGUCGGCUGUGGUGUGCCCCGUUAUCGAUGUCAUUGACUGGAACACCUUUGAGUACCUGGGCAACUCCGGAGAGCCCCAGAUUGGAGGCUUUGACUGGCGGCUGGUAUUCACGUGGCAUGUGGUCCCCCAGCGAGAGCGGAAGUUGAUGCGGUCUCCUAUUGACGUUAUCAGGUCUCCAACUAUGGCUGGGGGACUGUUUGCUGUGAGUAAGAGAUAUUUUGAAUAUCUGGGGUCUUAUGAUACAGGAAUGGAAGUCUGGGGAGGAGAAAACCUUGAAUUCUCCUUUAGGAUCUGGCAGUGCGGUGGCACUCUGGAAACACACCCUUGCUCCCACGUGGGCCACGUCUUCCCUAAGCAAGCUCCCUAUUCUCGCAGCAAGGCUCUAGCCAACAGUGUCCGCGCUGCAGAAGUGUGGAUGGAUGACUUUAAAGAACUCUACUACCACAGAAAUCCCCAGGCCCGCCUGGAACCCUUUGGGGACGUGACAGAGAGAAAGAAGCUUCGGGCCAAGCUCCAGUGUAAAGACUUCAAGUGGUUCCUGGAUACAGUGUACCCAGAACUGCAUGUGCCAGAGGACAGGCCUGGUUUCUUCGGGAUGCUCGAGAACAGAGGACUAAGGGGGUACUGCCUGGAUUAUAACCCUCCCAGUGAAAACAAUGUGGAAGGCCACCAGGUCCUUUUGUACCUCUGCCACGGGAUGGGUCAGAACCAGUUUUUCGAGUAUACAUCCCGGCAAGAAAUACGAUAUAACACCCGCCAGCCCGAGGCCUGCAUAGCAGUGGAGGAAGGGAAGGACGUCCUUAUCAUGGAUCUCUGCAAAGAUACCGUUCCGGAGAAUCAGGAGUUCGUCCUACAGGAGGACGGCACGUUAGUCCACAAGCAGAGCGGGAAAUGUGUGGAGGCCACGGAGAAGGAGUUCGACACUUCCUUUGCUCCGCACUUGCGGGAUUGUAGCAGCUCAGACAACCAGAGGUGGCUCUUCAAGGAGCGCAUGUCAUAGCACACCGCCUCGCCAGGGAAGGAGCCCACCGCUGCCAUGGGCUGUGUGCCCGGUGAGAUGGACAAAGCACAUGGUUGUCAUCUGUGAAUGUGUUGGACUCCACAGCAAUGUGAAUCAUCUUUGUACAGAUUUGGAAAACUUUAAAAAUGUCUCCCAGUGUCCCGUUUUCUAAGGGCAAUCCUAAGAUGUUGCCUUUGGUGUUUGGGAAACUUAAUGCACGAUGUGCAUUUUACCCAUGGUGCCUUUUAUUCUUAUUCGCAGAAAGGGUAAAUAUUUUAUUUUGUUACUUACAAAGCUUCCCGGGUGUUUAGUAUAAUUUACACAAACUGGUAAUACCUCAAAUGUCGACUGGUAAUACCUCAAUGUCAUCAAGUUAGAGUUCUCUCAGGGGGGUGAGACGGACACUAGAAAUCCUGUCUUGAUUUCAUUUGGUGUGAGUGGGUGGGAUAGUCUAGAUUUAUACAAUAAAGAAUGCUUUUUGCUUA